AAACACUGCGACCAUCCAAUUUCUGUAAUUAUUCUAUCCUAUCCUUACUCCUUUAAGAUAAUACAAUAAUAAACUACUGUUUAGAAUGUUCCUUGUGAAGCUGAACUUGGUAGUUGUAUUCAUCAACCUAUUUCUUGGGGCAGACCUACUAGAAGAGGACGACGAUACCAGUUUUAAAGUCAAAGUUGUUCGUCAUAAGGACUCUCCUGGUUUUCUAAAGCUUGUCAGACAACGUAACGAAAAAACAGAAUACAAAUGCUGGAACAGCCCUGAAAAGUAUGGAAUUGGUAAACUGAACUCAACAGUACUGACACAAUUCACCAGCCUGUGUAGUAAUGACAGCAGAUUCUAUCAAGUGUGUGGCUUGGUCCCAGUCCUCGGAUUCGGGACAUGGCAAUUCAAAUCCAACGAUAUCCAUUAUCCCUUGUGCUCCUACUAUGUCUGUGACUCACCCAUGUAUGAAGGUAAAGGGCUGAUAGCUGGUCACAAGGUUCUAGAAGAGUAUCACUGUAACAGAAACUCACUCAAUAAAAAGUGCGCAAAUGGUCACAUUAACAUGGGGCUAUGUGACCUCACCAUCAACGUCCCAUGUGCCGAAGGUUCUGAUGCAAUGGUAGAGAAAAGCAAAGUCUGCGACGGUAUCAUUGAUUGUUUGCAUGGAUUGGACGAAGUGAAUUGUCACCAUUCAUAUGGUUUGACCUGCACUCCUGCAGAUUUCUUCGUGAAAAUGAAAUAUCACGAAAUAUGGCUCCCUCCAGAAGACAUUUGCUUCAACCAUACCUUACCAGAUCACAAGGUUCUGAAUACGCUCAGCUUCUGCGAAAACCAGGAGGAUUGGAAUGCGACUAAUUGCAAAAGUGGUGAUACCGCCAUGUCUUGCAAACGUAAGAAUACAGCCGCACCCCCACCCGCUAUAGAAACAAGGACUCUGUUUGAGUCCCAGACCUGCGGACCCUACAAUCGCCUGACCGAUCAACGUGUGUGCAUGGACGGAAAAGAUCAAAUCAAUUGCACAAACAGGGCAAUAUGGUAUGAAUGUGAUCAUAAGGAUAUAGAACACGACAUGAUCUAUAAGAUCAACCUUACUGACACGGUGCUUUGCGAGAAAGAAUUAGACCUCCUCUGCACAGACGACAUCAACAACAAGUGUGCAAAACCAGAGGUUAACUGUCACGUUCACCGCCAUUUCCUUUGUGAUAACGUCGCUGAUUGCGAACACCAACUUGAUGAAAAAUACUGCGAGGAACUUCAAACAGAGCUGACAUGCGUGCGCAGGAUAAGGAACAAGUCAGAUGAAACGGAAUCCUCUGAACCACUACCCAUUUUAAAAGAUUGGGUAUUGGACAACAUCACAGAUUGCGAAGGUGGAGAAGAUGAGGAUCCCAAUUUAUGGAAAAAAUGUCAAUACAAAGUUGGCAUGAACCAAAUUAAAGAACACUAUACAUACAAGAGAUUCGAAGAUCCUUGCCCGAUGACGUUUUAUUGUGAACACGAGGCAACCAAAAGAAGGAUAAUCUUCUGGAUACGACCAAGAUGUGUGAUGGUUAUCGUCAAAAUGACUGCCAAUUAGGUCCAUCGUCUGGCAUGGUCUGGUUGUGCAAACUAGCACGGGAUAAAGAUGUAACAGUGCAUGCAAUUACAGAUGAAACAAAAUUGUACAAAUAUGUACAGCCAUGUACUCCUGGGUUGUCUAAGGAACAAGAUUGCAAAGAGUACAUUCUAGAAGAAUCCUAUGGCACGUUGCCAAUAAGGAUCAUAGCACCAAGCUCAAGCAGUUUGAGUUGCACAGACAGAUACGGUGAGAAUUAUGUGUAUGCAGCGUGUCUUGGAUUGUGUCUUGAACAGGAUAUAGUAUGUCCCCUAGAACUAUACGAAGUUGAUCAUGCCAAAUCAUGUGUACAAAUGGACCGAACCCUGCUGCAAGACCGUACUCUAACCCUGACAAAGAACAACAAACUAACAUUUGUUGAAAAAUAUCCCGACGCAAAAAACGGAUCUAAGUUUAUAAACAGAGAGCUAUUUCCAUGUGCCAAUGGGCAAUGUGUUAGCUACAGCCAAGUGUGUGAUCUGAUUAACGACUGCGGAGAUAAUUCUGAUGAAAAACACUGUGGCAACCACUUCUCAUGUGAUGGACAAAAACAGGAGAUAAUUAAAGCUUCGCAGAAGUGUGAUGGUAUCAUACACUGUUCAAAUUCAGCGGAUGAAUGUAAUCCAGACUGUAAAAAUCAUAGUAAGAGACUGAUAACCUCGGUGUACCUCCAGAUUUUUGCUUGGUGUUUUGGCAUUCCUGCUGCUUCAUUGAACGUUAUAGUGCUCCUUAGGAAUGUAAGGAAGCUGUCUAAAAAGAAAGACAUGAGCAAGAUAAAAUUUACAGUAACAGUUCUCAUUUCACUGGUUGCUUUUGGUGAUUUCCUCUUGGGCUUAUACAUGAUCCUAAUCAGCAUUGAAAACAUUUCAAUAAACGACAAGUUCUGCGAGCAAGAGAACGAGUGGCUUACAUCAUCCCGCUGUGAGUUUAUGGAGUCAUCUCAACAUUCGGCUCUCAACUGUCGGUAGUUGCCAUAACUGCCAUGAGCAUCUACCGAGCAGUUGCGAUGAGAAAGAUAGGGCCGUCUCGUGGUUUGAGCCGGUGUUUCCUCCUGAUGGUUGUCAUUUUCGCAGGUGUGAUCACAAUUGCUUCGUUUCUGAUAGCGGCACUUCCAACAAAUCCCACAUUGAGAGCGGGUUACUUCUACAACGGCUAUUACAUCCCGCAGACGAACCUCUACUUUAGCCCAAAGAAUAAUGAGGACUAUGCUAAACUGUUGGAUCAUGUCUACCCUAGCAAUUUGAGGACUGAAAAUAUGACCGAUAUCAACGCUAUUAAGAGUCUCCUAAACAAAAUGUUCCUAUUUCCAGAAGACAGCACAGAGGAAACUUUAGUCUUCAGCACCUUGGGGUUCUACGGGAGCAGUGGAUCCUGUAUCUUCAAGUACUUUGUCGAUCCUAAAGAUCCACAAAGAUCAUUUUCAUGGGCUAUACUCAUCUUUAACUUUAUCUGCAUGGUUGUUGUAGCUCUUUCCUACUUUUCAGUUCACCUACUUUCCCAAAAAUCUGCGGCAAAGGUUGGUGUGCCACGGAGGUUUGGAGCACUUCAACGAAAAAUCAGUCUCAUUAUAAUUUCUGACUUCUUCUGCUGGACCCCAUUCAUAAUAAUUUGCAUCCUGCAUUACACAAACAAAAUAAACGCCACCCCUUACUACUCCUUCUUCUCUAUCGUGGUCCUCCCAAUAAACUCCCUCAUCAACCCAAUCUUGUACGAUAACUUUUUCAUGAGAACCGGUAUUAGAGUGUGCCGAGGUAUUGACAACUGGAGGAGUACUCUAUCUAACUGUGAGUCUUACAGAGGGGAAGGGAUGAGUUUGCAGGAGCGAUCCGAGGGACAAACUGCAGUUAGUCAGACUCAGAGUGUCCUCACGAACAUUACCGCCUGCUAAAAACUGUGGCCGUUCAGCUGCAACUGGCAGCAUUUAAAGAUUUAAGAACAGCGCAAUUUGGUUGAUUGAUCAGGAAACUUUCCUUUACUAGCAAUCUUUCGUUCUAUCAUCAUACUUUCAUUGUGUCAACAAACUUUAUUUUUAAGUUAGCAAACUUUGAUUGUAGGUAGAUAACUUUAUUAGAGUUUUAUUUUAUAAAUGUUUGGGAUUAUUUGUUGUUAUUGCAAAUUAAUGUUAACUGUAUGCUUUCAAUUAUAAAUUUUCGCUGCUAUGUACAAUAAUUAAUGUUGCUAAUUGCUGUCUGUAAUGAUGAUUGAUUACAAUAUUAUGAUCUAAUUAUUCUCGUUUCAGGGUUAAAAACUGCUUUGUGUAUCUUCACAUUUUCUGUAUCAGUCAAAUUUAAGAAUAGAGACUAGUAGUAAAUUAUUCUGUUUUAUGAUAAUAAUUGAUUGUUGAUUGCUGGAUAGUUAUAAUCAUCUGAUUCUA